AUGCCUGCAGACAAGGGGAGAUCCGCUGUAGUUUUAGACAAGGCAGAGUACACGCGCAAAGUAGGGGAGAUGCUGUCAGAUGACAGGACCUACCUCAAGCUGAAAAAGGACCCUACAGCCCGGUACAAGUCGAAACUCGUAGACAUGCUCGCCAAGCUGCGUAAGGAGGAGAAGAUCUCUGAGUCGCAGAAUAGAUACCUCUACCCCACGUCAGAAACCAUACCCAGACUGUACUGCACUCCAAAGAUACACAAACCUGGUAAUCCUUUCCGGCCAAUUGUUGACUACACAGGUUCAAUUGGUUACAACCUGUCACGCAGCACUGCAGAUCUUUUGGCGCCCAUCACUGGAAAAACCAUCCACUACGUAGAAAACUCCAAAGCACUCGUCACUGAACUGAAGGAAGUACAACUCACAGAUGAAGAGACUUUCGUAUCUUUUGACGUGGUAUCCCUCUUUACGAACACCCCCAUCGACAAGGCCUUGGAGGUGAUUCGCUCGAGACUCGAGGGGGACUCGCAUUUGAAGGAAAGAACUAUGCUAGCAGUUGACGAUAUUAUGCAACUGUUGGAGUUCGUGCUGUCCACGACAUACUUCAAAUUCGAUGGUCAGUUGUACCAACAAAAAUUCAGAACAGCUAUGGGCAACCCGGUUUCGCCUAUAGUAGCCAACCUAUACAUGGAACACUUAGAGCAAACAGCCAUUGCCUCAGCCCCGACACAGUUUAAGCCAAGAUUCUGGAAAAGGUAUGUCGAUGAUGUCCUAUCGGUCAUCCCCAUAGGAACGGCCCAGGCACUCAACGACCACCUGAACACCAUAGAUGAGACGGGUAACAUCAAGUUUACCAACGAAGCGAUGAAAGACAACAGCAUCCCAUUCCUGGACACGACCAAGAAGCCCAGGGAAUCCCAAGAGAAGAGCAGGGGAAUGGUUGUCGUGCCCUACAUUAAGGGUAUGGCAGAAAGAUUGGCCAGAAUACUGAAAUCUAACAACAUCUCAACAGUUUUCAGGCCACACAAAACCACCAGGAACAUUCCAGUGCAUCCUAAAGACAAAAUUAGCAGGGAUGACACAACAGGUUGUGUCUACCGCAUUGACUGUGCUAAUUGUGAUAGUGCGUACAUCGGGGAAACCGCCAGGAAAUUAACAUACAACAGAUGUCACCUUGCACUGCAAGGGAGUCAGCUUCCGAGCCACCCGGGCCUCCACAUCAGGUGA